AGCAGCCAGUAGGGUCUGUGCAGACAGUUGUCCCACCUCACCGACGGUCUCACUGCUCUGACUUUUACUUCUUUGAGUUUUCAUUUACAAAAAGGAUUUUUUUAAAAUCAGAACUUGAGGACUACAGCACAUUGAGAAGCUCAGGCCAUAACAAACCCUGUUUGUCAACUUGUCAUCGUGGCACAAACAUGACCGAGGUGGCGCAGGUUACCGCUGUGGACGCUCACGGCGUCGAAGAGGACGUACAUGACAACGAGCACGACAUGAGCACCGGAGACGACUCGGAGGAGGAAAUGAGACAGGAAGAAAACGAUGAGACGGUCAGUGAUGCUGAAGACAGAAGCGAGAGGACACCGGAGGGCAAAGACAAAAAAGCUCACAGAAUGAAAGACAUAACGAGUGAGGAGGCUGAGACAAGACAACUGAACGGCGUGGAGAGCAGACAAAGUGAGAAAGACGAGGCUGUUAAUGGGGUCUCAGACAAUAAGGAACAACAACAGGAAACAGAGGACUCAGAGAACAUGUCUGAUCUGGCUUUUAAGAAAGAGAAGCUCCUGAGGUCCAGGAAGCUUGUGGCCAGAAGCUACGUGCCCAAGCUGAACAAAGGAGACGUGACGACCAAGUUUGAGGCCAUGCAGAAAGCCAGAGAGGAGCGCAGCCGGCAGAGGAACAGGGAGGAACAGCAGAAGAGGAAGGAUCAAUACGUCAAGGAGAGGGAGUGGAACCGCAGAAAGCAGCAGAUAAAAGAACUACUCGCUUCCAGUGAUGAGGAAGAGGAGGUGAAACAGAAAAAGGUGGAAAAGUCCUACGUCCCCAAAAUCACAGGUAGUGUGAAGGGCAAGUUUGCAGAAAUGGAGAAACAAAGACAAGAGGAGGAGAGGAAGAGGAUGGAGGAGGAGAGGAAGAAGCGAGAGGCCCAGGACAACAUGGAGAAAGCCAAAAUCAAGAAGGAGCUGGCUCAGAAAGCUGCUGAGGAAGGAGAUGACACAAUCCUGAUACGCGUGGUUCCCGCGAAGCAAUCAAGACCUCCAGGGAAAAUCAAGAUGAACUUUGAGGACAUCGAGAAAAGCCGAGAGGAGGAGCUGAAAAAAAAAGUAGAGGAGGAGAAGAAGAGACGAUAUGAUGAACACAGACGCUCCUUCAGAGAAGCCAAGCGGCGCUCUGUUCAACAGGAUGAAGAGGAGAAACCUUCGGAGAAGGUGUCGGUGACUCCUGGAAAGCUGAAGCUGACAUUUGAGGAGCUGGAAAAGGAGAGGCAGGAGCAGCGGAGGAAGCAAGCUGAGGAAGAAGCCAAACAACGCCUGCUGGAGGAGAAGAAGGCUUUUCAAGAGGCUAAACAGGGAAUGGAAGAAGAUGAAGACAUCAGUCAGGAGGAUCAGGAGGACAAAGAAGAGAUUCGUCCGGGAAAACUGAGGCUGAGCUUUGAGGAGCUGGAGCGACAAAGGGUUGAAGAGGAGCGCAAGAAGGCAGAGGAAGAGACCAAGAGACGCAUGGAGGAGGAGAGGAGAGCUUUUGCCGAAGCAAGGAAGAGCAUGCUCAUAGAUGAAGAUGAUGAAGCACUGAUGGCCUUGCUCAACCUGGAGGGCAGCGAGCCUGGUAAAAUCUGCGUCAGUUUCGAGGAUCUGGAGCGGCAGAGACGCGAGGAAGAGCAGAGAAAGGCUGAGGAGGAGGCGAAGAGGAGACUGGAAGAGGAGAAGAGGCUCUUUGCUGAGGCCCGCAAGAGCAUGAGCCCUAUCCUGGAUCAGGAAAAGUCUGCAUAUGGCGAUGAAACAGAAACAGCGCUGGAAGAUGACGAAGUGAUGGUGAAGACUGAGUCCCAGGAGGCUCUGCAUCCCAGAAGAUUGGAGAUAAACUUUGAGGAGCUCCUAAAAGAAAAGGAGGAGGCUGAGAGAAGACGUAAAGCCGAGGAGCGCAAGAAGAAACUGGAGCAGGAAAAGCAGGAAUUUGAGCAGCUCAGGAAAGAAAUGGGAGAGGAUGAAAUAAAUGAAAGCUCGGAUGUCAUAAGCAAAGAAUACGAGGAGCUGACAAAGCUCAAGAAAACUGGCUCCAUUCAGGCGAAAAACCUCAAGUCCAAAUUUGAGAAAAUCAAGCAGCUGACAGAGGAGGAGAUCCAGAAAAAGAUUGAGAUGGAAAGAGAGCGGAGGAAGGCCAUUGAUGAUGAAAUUAAACAGAGAGAAGCUGAGAGGGCCCAGGAGGAGGAGGAGGAGGAGGAGGAGAGAGAAACAACUUCAGCUCCAUCAGGUGACACACCUUUCAAACAGAAGGUGGACAUGCGGGCCCGAUUCGAACAAAUGGCCAAAGCCAGAGAGGAAGAGGAACGCAGGAGGAUAGAGGAGCAGAAGCUGCAGAGGAUGCAGUUUGAACAGCAAGAGAUUGAUGCUGCCCUGCAAAAAAAGAAGGAGGAUGACGGCGAGGAUGAAAGCAGCAUCAUCAAUGGAUCUGCAGCCUACGAAGAUGAGGAAGAUCACGCGAGGUCCGGGGCGCCGUGGUUUAAAAAGCCCCUCAAGAACCAGUCGGUGGUGGAUUCUGAGCCCGUUCGGUUCACCGUUAAGAUCACCGGGGAGCCGAAGCCUGAGGUCACCUGGUGGUUUGAGGGAGAGAUGCUCCAGGACUGCGAGGACUAUCAGUACAUCGAAAGAGGAGAGACGUACUGCCUCUACCUGCCAGAGACCUUUCCGGAGGACGAGGGGGAGUACAUGUGCAAGGCUGUGAACAGCAGGGGCACAGCAGCGAGUACUUGCAUCCUCACAAUAGAAACUUAUGACUACUGAUGCCCCUCCAUGUUGGAAAGUUUCCGCCGUUGUUUCUCAAUGUAAAACACCAUCCGCUAUGGUCAAAGGGUAGAGGGAAGGACAGUAUGCUUGGCAUUCCGAAGACAAGGAUACACAGCACAUGCGCGCACAUAAGCAAGACAUCGAGAUGUUGUUUACGUAUUCCUCAGUGAGAAAUGCUGCCCGCCCUGUGAGGAUGUUGGAUGAUACUUGUGCCAAAACAGACAGAUUCCUGUUCCAGUGUCAGGGGUCGCUCCGUACUUCAAAUGUUUGAUUGCUUAGUUCAAGAUGCUGUUGAUCUGCCUUGUAAAUAUCAGACUUCAUGGUCCAUAAACAGCGAAAGACACAGACUUGCUCCCAUUCUGAGAGGCAACACAUGUCAAGGCAUCAUUACAGCAGCCGCUUUUCGCAGGAACCAAAUCCGUGUGAGCGUCCAAACUUUUAUAAGCAUAAUCUGACUAGAAAUUAUUGAUUGUUAAAUGAUUUAAUUCAUCCACCCCGUUUUCUCAGAAAUUCUUGAUGAAGAUGUCAUUGUUUAUUGUGAAGAACAACUUUUUCUCGUUUGAUAUUUACAUAAAAGUAGGCUAGCUUGAAUAUUUGUCAUAUUAUAUUAUAAUAGAGAACAAGUUUUAAUAAAAUAAAAACACUGCAUCAUGGCGAUGUCUUUUA